UAAUAUAUAUAUACUCAGCUCCAUCAUUUCUCACAAUCUGUGCGUCUGUGAGAAGAGAGCGUUUAUCCGUUUCACGGAGAUGGAGCCACAGAGAAGGCAAACCGAAGAUCAAGCUCUCCCUGAACGGAAGGGGCAGAAGCGUAAACUGGAGGAGGAGAUCGACGACGAGCAGCGAGAGAUCUCAGUGGCGGAUGCCGCCGCGGCGGUUCCUUUCGGUGACGCGAGGCAAGCGCUUUUAUAUGAGGUUGCUUCUCAAGUUAAUAUUCUCAACUCUACCUUCUCGUGGAACGACGCCGAUCGUGCUGCUGCUAAACGCGCCACUCAUGUCCUUGCUGAGUUUGCUAAAAACGAGGAAUUAGUGAGUGUAAUUGUGGAAGGAGGUGCAGUUCCGGCUCUUGUUAGGCAUCUUCAAGCACCGCCUGCAUCGAGUGAAGGCGGUGAUCGCAAUUCGAAGCCGUUUGAGCAUGAGGUCGAGAAAGGGAGUGCUUUCGCUCUUGGACUACUUGCUGUUAAGCCAGAGCAUCAGCAACUCAUUGUUGACAUGGGAGCUUUGUCACAUCUAGUGGACCUGCUGAAAAGGCAUAAGGACGGUGCUUGUUCUCGGGCAGUUAAUAGUGUAAUUAGACGGGCGGCUGAUGCUAUUACCAAUCUAGCUCAUGAGAACAGCAACAUUAAGAUACGCGUUAGGGUGGAAGGUGGAAUUCCACCUCUGGUUGAGUUGCUUGAAUUCGUCGAUAUAAAGGUCCAAAGAGCAGCUGCUGGGGCACUGCGAACCUUGGCUUUUAAAAAUGAUGAGAACAAAAAACAGAUUGUUGAAUGUAACGCUCUUCCUACACUUAUUCUAAUGCUACGGUCAGAGGAUGCUGCUAUUCAUUAUGAAGCAGUUGGUGUUAUUGGAAAUUUGGUGCACUCAUCCAAACACAUAAAGAAAGAAGUCCUUACUGCCGGGGCUUUGCAACCUGUUAUUGGUCUGCUUAGCUCCUGCUGCUCUGAGAGCCAAAGAGAAGCUGCUUUAUUACUUGGUCAAUUUGCCGCUACUGAUUCAGAUUGCAAGGUUCAUAUCGUGCAAAGGGGUGCGGUUCAACCUUUGAUAGAGAUGCUUCAGUCUACUGAUGUACAACUAAGGGAAAUGUCAGCAUUUGCACUUGGGAGGUUGGCACAGGACUCCCACAACCAAGCGGGUAUAGCUCACAAUGGUGGUUUAGUGCCAUUGCUGAAGCUUCUGGAUUCAAAAAAUGGAUCUCUUCAACAUAAUGCAGCAUUUGCUCUAUAUGGUCUUGCAGAUAAUGAGGAUAACGUAUCCGAUUUUAUUAGGGUGGGAGGUGUUCAGAAGCUGCAGGAUGGAGAGUUUAUUAUUCAAGCAACGAAAGAUUGUGUAGCCAAGACUCUAAAAAGAUUGGAGGAAAAGAUCCAUGGACGAGUUUUACACCAUUUAUUGUAUCUGAUGCGGGUGACGGAGAAAACAGUCCAACGGCGUGUUGCUUCAGCUCUUGCACAUCUUUGUUCGCCGGAUGAUCAGAGAACCAUAUUUAUUGAAGAUAAUGGACUAGAGUUACUUCUUGGCCUUCUUGGGUCUUCAAGUUCAAAGCAACAACUUGAUGCAGCUGUAGCACUGUACAAGUUGGUAAAUAAAGCCACUACUCUUUCUCCAAUGGACGCAGCUCCUCCUUCUCCAACUCCACAAGUAUAUUUGGGAGAGCAGUAUGUUAACAAUGCAACUUUAUCUGACGUUACAUUUUUAGUUGAAGGUAGACGUUUUUAUGCCCAUAGAAUUUGCCUACUCGCUUCCUCAGAUGCAUUUCGUGCAAUGUUUGAUGGAGGUUACCGGGAGAAGGACGCAAGGGACAUUGAGAUUCCAAAUAUUAGAUGGGAGGUCUUCGAGUUGAUGAUGAGAUUCGUGUAUACUGGAUCAGUAGAUGUUUCUUUAGAUAUUGCCCAAGAUCUCCUAAGGGCAGCAGAUCAGUACCUCUUAGAGGGGCUUAAACGACUUUGUGAAUAUACCAUAGCACAGGAUAUAUCCUUGGAGAAUGUUGCAGGCAUGUACGAGCUUUCAGAAGCUUUCCAUGCAAUUUCUCUGAGGCACGCAUGCAUUUUGUUUAUCUUGGAGAAGUUCGAUAAGUUGAAUGCAAAAUCCAGGCACGCCAAUUUAAUUCAGCGUAUUAUACCCGAGAUUCGGAAUUACUUUGCCAAAGCACUUACCAAACCUAACCGGCGGCUGUAGAAGCCUGGUAUUUGAUUCUUGAUGUCUAACUGGAUAAUGUUGUACAGAAAGUGGUAGAUCUCCAUAUUGAUGUUGAGCCAUUUAAAAGGUCAAAAUGGUUCAUAAUUGUCCCCUAUACAAGAUUGCCGUUGCAUGUUAUGUACCGUGGUGGUCGUGUAUCUUGCAAUUCUAUGAUAAGUCGGCUUUCAGCGAGUAUAUUAAGCGUAAGUGAAAUCUCUUCUGCAAAUAUUAGAAGAGCUGGGGCAGAAAUUCUGGUCCAUAAUCUAAUCUAUUAUCCAAGACUUUUAGGUUGCUGAAGGUGUUUCAGCGGGAGAAGCAUAUCUGUUCAUGUAAAGAGACUGGGAAAUUAUAAAAAUUCUUACAUUUUGAUGGUUCCCUAUCCUUGAACAGAACAAGAUAGUGAAGGUUCAUAUUCAUUUC